AUGAAUAAUAUGCACAUUACUACCGAGGCUUGCUACAAGAGGCCCGGAGAAAAGGACGACGAUGCGGGGUUUGAACAAGGGCGGAAUAACUCCAGAUACUGGACUGAUGGUAUUCCCAGCGCCAUCGGAGCCAGCAGCACCAGCUCGCUCAGGAGCAAGCUCAGCUAUGCAGAUUACACUGUAGCUUGGAUCUGCGCUCUGCCCAAGGAACGUGCUGCCGCCACGGUGAUGCUCGACGAUAGACACGAAGGCCUUCCACGCCUCCCUGGUGAUACAAACUCCUAUAGCUUUGGAAAUAUUAGGCAGCACAAUAUUGUUAUCACUUGUUUACCUUCGGGGCACUACGGUACUGUUAAUGCGGCAGUGGUAGCAAACAAUCUGGCCAGGAGUUUCCCACAGAUCGUAUUCAGGCUCAUGGUCGGGAUCGGAGGCGGCGUCCCAAACAUUCCCAACAUUGAUAUCCGUCUCGGCGAUAUAGUUGUUGGCCAUGACGUUCUGCAGUAUGAUCUAGGGAAGACAACCCAGGGAGGCGAAUUCCACUGUACAAGUAGUCCAGUCAAACCUCCCCCAGAGAUGCUGACAGCCGUCUCUGAGUUGCGAGGAUGCCACGAAUAUGAACAAUCACAGAUCUCAGCCAUUCUUCGAGACGUAUACAGCCACGUCCCAGGAAUGAAACAUUAUCAGAAUCCCGUUCACUGUCCCGAUCGUCUGUUUGACAGCACUUAUGAACAUGUGCCGAGCAAAGAGAACUGUGACCAAUGCGAUCAGUCAAGGCUUAUCCAGCGUCUCCCCCGAGCAAGUACAGCGCCCCAAAUACAUUACGGAACAAUUGCCUCCGGGAAUAGGGUCAUUAAACAUGCUGAAUCAAGAGAUACCUGGGCAAAAAAGGGUUGUUUAUGCUUUGAGAUGGAGGCCGCGGGCUUGAUCGACCACUUUCCAUGCCUUGUCAUUCGAGGAAUUUGUGACUACUGUGACUCGCACAAAAGCAAAGAGUGGCAAGAGUAUGCAGCAACCACUGCGGCAGCAUUUGCCAAGGAACUUCUUUUGAGCAUGCCGCCUGCUCCGCAUCCGAACCCGGAGGUUGGCACCCCUGCAUUUGUUGAACUGGAUAGAGAACCACAUUCAGACAAGAAAUUAAGUCAAAAGCUGGAGAAGUUGUAUGAUUCGUUAAAAUUUGAUCACAUGGAUGAUCGACGCCAACAUAUAAAAAGAGCGCAUCUCAAGACCUGCAAGUGGCUGCUGGGCACUAACAAAUAUUCUGAUUGGAUCGACCCGGGGAAGAUUCGACAGCACGGAGGCUUUUUAUGGUUAAAGGGGAAACCUGGGUCUGGAAAGUCGACAAUGAUGAAGUUCAUUCUUGAAAGUAGCUUGAAGAAGAAACAAGAUCGAGCAAUUCUUAGUUUCUUCUUCCACGCACGGGGUCAUGCAUUGGAAAAAUCAACGGCCGGGCUCUAUCGAUCGAUCCUAUAUCAGAUUCUCAAACAUGACCCCAAACUAAAAUUUAUCCUUAACCCUAGAAGGCAUCUCGGGCAUUUUAGUCAUGAGUCCCGGCUAGAAUGGACAAAUGAGUUGCUAAAAGAGCUCAUUGAGGAAGCAAUUGAGCGUCUCACCUCAUCUGUGGUAUGCUUUAUCGAUGCCCUUGAUGAAUGCAAAGACGAUGAGGUCCGAGAUAUGGUAGCCUUCUUUGAACGUUUAGGAGAGUUAGCUAUCGCUAAUGGCGUUGGGCUUCUCGUAUUCUUUUCCAGCCGUCAUUAUCCUCAUAUCACAUUAAGAGACGGAAUCGGGCUUCAAAUCAAUCUUGAUGAACAAGAGGAUCAUGACGCCGAUAUCGCGGAAUACAUUAAUUAUGAAUUAAGGAUAGGAGAUAGCAAGCUUGCUCAGGACAUCAAAAACGAGGUCCGGGAGAAAGCUUCGGGGGUAUUCAUGUGGACCGUUCUUGUCGUGAGCAUUUUGAACCGAGAGCGUGGCCGCAUGCAUGCUCUGCGUCAGAGGCUUCGAGAGAUACCCCAAACGUUGAACGAUCUUUUCUUCGAUAUUUUGUCUCGAGACAGUGGGGAUGAAGAAGAGACGCUUCUUUGCUUCCAGCUCAUACUCUUUGCGCAGAAGCCUCUGACACCUUUGGAGCUCCAUUUUGCUAUCCUUUCACAAGCCAAGGAUAGUAAUCUGAAACCCAGAGACCUGAGUGCGGAAGACUCGCGAAUAUUUAUCAUAGAGUGUUCUAAAGGACUUAGCGAAACAAUAGGGUCCCCUAGGUGUACGGUUCAAUUCAUCCAUGAGUCUGUCAAAGAUUUUCUUCUCCAAGGAGAUAGGUUAUAUAACCUGUGGCCCAAACUGGGGAGCAAUCUAAUCGGCAACAGCCACUUGCGGCUCAGAGAUGUCUGCCUUGAGUAUCUGUCUUCGAAUACAGGCGAAGACAUUAUCUCCCAAGGGACAAAAAACUGCGAAGAAGCUGGCUCGACUUCCCCUUUUCUGGAAUAUGCAGCAGAAAAUGCCCUGUUCCAUGCAGAUAAAGCAGCAAGCUUCGGAAUUCAACAGCCAGACUUCGCUUCUAUCUUUCCUAACCAGCAAUGGAUUCGGUUCCACAAGGAAAAAAGCCAACAAUCUUAUCCAGAUGACACACGAGGCCUAUAUAUUGUGUUUGAAAAGGAUACCCCAAGCCUCCUCCCAUCUUACCCGUCUGUUGUGGACUACUUUGAAAUACGGUCAGAGCCCUGUGGGUGCCCAUUACUCGCAGCCAUCAUGCGUAAAAGCCACAACAUCCUUCAGGUUGUCCGAAAUAGACUUCUUGCAUCAAUUCCAUCUGAGUGCUUUCCAGAGAUAGAUUUCAGCCACUUCAAGAAAACCGAACUUAGAAGGUCGCUGGGAUCUUCUUUUGAUUUUUCGUCCUCGAAAAGGUCACUCAUAUCAUAUCUUGCAGAGUACGGAGAUCCUGUGUUUUUGGUUGCUGCCAUUCAGCAAGACAGUGAAGACCUGCAUUCACACCGAAAAUUCAGCUCAGACGAUGCCAUCCACAACGCUGUCGCUCUGGGCCACGAGACUUCCGAAAUGGAUUCCAAACAACACCAGAGUUCUUCCAGCGAGGCUCAUAAGACUCCAUCCGAGAAUGGCAUUUCAGAGUCAUCUCAACCCCAUCGUCAGCCGCAGCGAACAUUCAAGCUCUUUGAAUUCCACCAUGCCUUUGGUUGCGACGCGCAUCAUUUCAUCUUCAUACAGCGUGAAUCAAAUUCAGAGGCUCUCGCCACUUUCGAGGAGAACCUCGGCGCAGACAUCGGCCAAGGCCACGGGAUGAUCCAAUCCUUCUCACGAAUCUUUACUGAAACAGACCUCAAAAACAUCCAAUCAUCAUGCCUGGAGAUUCUUGCAGGCUUUUCGGCCACCAGCGGCCAUGUGACCUAUCGAGCAAUCCUGGGGAAGAUAGAGGUCAAAUCAUGCGGUGACAAGGACGGGGAUGUAUGGUUUGACGAUACCUUUACUGACAAGUAUCCUCAUUGGGACACGGGGUUCAAUAUUGACAGCAGCCAGGUAAUUGAUCUAGAGGAAGACACGUUUGUAUAA